UUCAUAGAUGAGAAGCCCAAUUCGCAAGGAAGAGCCGUCGCGAGUUCAUCAGGAAUCGAGAUCGCCGAAAAGAAGGGCCUUGAACCUUGAUCCCCUCAGCCUCCUUUUCCCCUUCAUCUCCUUCCGAUCCUGCUACGAAGGCAGACAUGGCGGCGUCUCUCAGGCUAGUUCGCCUCGGCCUUGCGCGCUCUGCUUCCCUCUCUCAAACGAGAUCAUUCGCAUCAGACUCCCUCGUAGAGGUGGCGCCCGGCGAGAUCGGAAUCGUGUCCGGGAUCCCAGAAGAGCACCUCCGUCGCCGAAUCAUAAUAUAUUCGCCUGCUCGGACUGCGGGUCAACAAGGUUCUGGAAACGUCGGGAAAUGGAAAAUCAAUUUUGUAUCAACGCAAAAAUGGGAGAACCCAUUGAUGGGUUGGACAUCAACUGGAGAUCCCUAUUGCAUGGUAGGUGAAGCUGGAUUAACUUUUGACAGCGAAGAGGCUGCAAAAGCAUUUGCUGUGAGGCAUGGAUGGGAUUAUGUGGUGAGAAAGCGCCACACUCCUCUUUUAAAGCCCAAAGCCUAUGCAGACAAUUUCAAGUGGAAGGGUCCACCCAAAACUGAGAAAGCCUAGGUGAAUCGUGUCGUCCAACAUGUAGCCUUUCCGAGUUCACCAUUUGUACCCCAGAGCAUGAUGAUAUAAAUCGAUGUCGUUCUUGAGAAUAAAUAACAACUAGAAACCUUUUUGCGUUUUGCAUCUACUUUUUGGAUGCUAUCUUAAGCUUGUGUUAUGCCACAAGAAAUGAAAAGCUCUGAUGUCAACUUUUCAUGUUGCAAACAUUAAAGACAUGCAUUUUUUAUAUUUA